UUUGGAAUGUAUCGUUUUAGCUGAUUGAAAUGGCCUGUCUUCUUGUCAGUAUUUUAACAGUUGAUCUUGGCACUGUUCUUUCUUGCCCAGGUUCUGCACCCUGGGCUGGUCCACCAAGUCCAGAUGGAUCUGUUUCUCAUGAAGAUGGGUAGUCAUAUCAUUGGACUUCUCCCUGGGUUCAAGUGGCUCAGUUUGACAGAGAUUGUGGAGGAGUUUGAGAAGCUUAUGAUUCAGCAGAUUGAUUUACGCUAUGAAGCCAGGAAUCUGGAACGCUUCCGACAAAAUUUCUUGGAUGUUGAUUUUGUGAAGUUCCCAACGCCCCUUCACCCCUUGGUAACAAGAGAUGUUCUAGUGGAAACGUUUGAGGAGAGUGAGCCUAUUUCCCAGUACCUGCAUGCAGAGAUUGCCACAGAGCUGAGGCAGAGACUUGCAAAGAUGGGCAUGGACAUGCUCCUAAAGAUGAUCUUUGUUGACAACUUUGUCCAUGCUGACCUGCACCCUGGGAACAUCCUGGUCCAAGGCAUGGCCCACAUCAGCGCAAGCAGCAAGGAGCAGACAGCCAUCGUGGACCUGUGUGACACACUCGUGGUGGAAGUGCAGCCGCCCCACGGGCAGCUCUGCCUGGUGCUGCUGGAUGCGGGGAUUGUGGCGGAGUUGCAGACUGCUGACAUGCAGAACUUCCGAGCGGUUUUCACAGCUGUGGUUCAGGGCCAGGGGGAGAGAGUGGCAGAACUCAUCCUUCAUCAUGCCCGUGCUAACCAGUGCCAGGAUAUUGAGCGAUUCAAAGCUGAGAUGGCAGAGCUAGUGACCAAGGCCCGGGGGAACACCAUUGCCCUGGGAAAGCUUCAAGUGGCAAAUCUCCUCUCGAAUGUCUUUAAGUUAUUGAUGACCCAUAAGGUGAAGCUCGAGAGCAACUUUGCUUCCAUCAUCUUUGCCAUCAUGGUCCUGGAAGGGCUUGGUCGUUCACUGGACCCUGAACUAGACAUCCUGCAGGCAGCUAAGCCACUGCUCAUCAAAACUGCAGCUUCUGUCCUUGAAUAGACUCUUGCAGUUGCUGCCUUCUCACUGUGCAGGGUUACCUCUGCUCUCUGUGAGCUGGUGGAGGAAGAAGCUGAAGGUGAGAAUAGUCAUGAGCCUCUCAAUGCCAUGCAGUGGAUAUUCACCGUUAAUGUUGCUUUCAGUCAUAUCAUGCAAGCAGCAAACAUGGGAUGAUCACAGAAUUGCACACUGAAUGGUUGAGGAUGGAAGGGCUCUUUUAAAGAUCGUCUAGUUCAACUGCCUCGCUCAGUCUAGAGCAGGUUGCCCAGGACCCUAUCUAGACAGCUUUUGAAUAACUCCAAGGGUAGAGACUUCACAACUGCUCUAGGCAACCUGUUCCAGGGUUUGACCACCCUCCCAGCAAAAAAGCUUUUCGUUAUGUUCAGAUGGAACUUCCUGUGUUUCGGUUUGUGCCCAUUGCCUCUUGUCCUGUCACUGGGUGCCGCUAGAAAAAAGAGGAUGGCCCCCUCCAUCCUCUUUAUACCCUCCCUUCAGAUAUUUAAAUGCAUUGAUAAGAUUCCCCCCUCAGCCUUUUCUUCUCCAGACUGAGCAGUCCCAGCUCUCAGCCUUUGCUCAUGUAAGGGAGGUCUGUUCCAAAAGCCAGGAAGAUUUUUGCAGAGAUGGAGAGUUCUGCCUCCCUUACGAUUGCACAGUUCUAUGAGAUAACAUGCUCUGGUAGUUCUUUAACUGGCAGUAUCGGAUACUUUAGGUGCACAAGAUCACUGCAGUCUGACGAAGAAAGCAGGCUUACUCAUCUGAAUGUCUUUUUUAAAAAAAAAAACAAACAAACUUAUCUUUAAAACUUAUUUAAAAGUCUAAAAAGGUACUCAGUGAGCAAGUCUGUUUUUUCAGAACAAUCAGGUUAAAUAUUUUAAGUUAAUUUACUGAAUGAUCUGCUACUGUAUAAGAAGUGAUACUCUGAUACCACCUAAGCAAGUAAUGCAGAUCUUCAGACUAUGAAAUGUGAACAGGCUGUAAAAGCCAAUGUACCUUUUUCUGUCUUUUGUAAUUUAAUUUCUACUUUUACUGUAGAUGUGUCCCGAGAUCCCACUAUGUUCCCACAGAUCUGUUCUUAGUCAUUUUGGAUGAUAAAAACAGGCCAGCCAAUUUCAUUUUCAGACUUCCAUACUCUUAGCACAAUACUAUAGGAGUUUGUCUUAUAAGCAGUAAAAGAAAAAAUUUGUUUUAACAGAAAACCUAAUUCCAUAAUAAAAUCAACUUGCAAUAUUUCUACUGGCCUUAGUUUUUGUUGAAGUUUUUAAAAAAAACAAAACAAAACAAAACCCUUUCCUCUUCUCUUUAUUCCACUUUCGCUCCAAUCCAAAGUCAACUCAAAUCCUCACACUACCAUGCAAAUGCUUGUUUUCUGUCUCUGCUAGUCUACAAAACAAGGAGUCUAUGCAUUUUCACUAAUAGAUGGAAAACAUAUGAAUGUUAACUAUUUUAUUAUGAUAAAGCCAACAAAUGAGCUAGAUCAUGUAUGCCUUUUACAGGCAUUUUCACAGUAUUCUUAAAAUAAAGUUAUAAAAUGAUUUUAAUAGCAGGAAACAGUCAGUGAAUGAUGGGAAAUAUUUUAAUUCUAAAUAUAUUUCCAGGUAUAUUUUUCCUGAACUUGUGACACAAGGGCUCUGUAGUAGUAUAUUUUCAGAUGGUUAAGCAAGGAAGAGAAACUACUUACAUGGAUAUAGUGAUUAUAAAGUUAAGUUAAUGAUAUAAAUGAAGUCUGAAAAAUAAGUUUAAAGUUCUGCUCUGUAUUUUGUGUACUCUUCUCUAAUCAUUACAUACUCUUAUGUCCAAAUGUUUGAGAAUGAGAAACAGCAGUAGAGUUCAACAGCAUCUUUUAAGUUUCAGGCUUGUUUUUGUGAAUAAAGUCAAGGCAGACUUAAACUCA